AUGGAAGCCUGUGUGGUACGUCAGUGUAACGUCCGCGAGUCCCUGAAGACCAAAAAUGUCACCUCAGUCGCCUGCCAUGAGCCAAUCCGAGAUAGAAGAAAAUCAGUCUCGGUUUCCGGCGUCAGUGGGGGUGCUGUUACCCUUGUAGUGUUUCUAUUCCGAGUUGCUGCAAGGAUGCCUUACUUUGGAGGCACAUUUGGCAUGGACGACUGGGUUAUGGUGGCGACAAUGUUCCUGGUGAUUCCUCUUUCCGCUUUAUCUGUAUCUUUGGCUGAUGCAGGACUUGGUCUGGAUAUCUGGCGAAUUCCUUUGCCCAACAUUACGCGCAUCUUCUUGGUACAGUACCUAUCUGUCUACGCUCCCUUGGCCAUUUACACCAGAGUCCUGACACGAGACCGUCAGAUCUAUUACGUAGAUGAGGCACUAUACCUCAGCAUUCUCCCCUUAACGAAGAUAUCCAUUCUCUGCUUCUAUCUGCGCGUGUUUCCCACUCGCUACGUUCGAAUUUCCGCCAUAGUUAUGAUUAUGCUGAAUAUCGGCUAUUUCCUUGGAUUUGUUCUCGCAUCGUUAUUCCAGUGCCGACCAAUCAACGGAGCAUGGCUGCACUGGGACGGAGCCCACAAUUCUGUAUGCACCAAUGUCAACGCUCAGGGGUGGGCCAGUGCGGUUGUGAACAUCAUCUUCGAUCUGGCUACAAUGGCGCUGCCGCUUCGCGAGAUCCAUCAGCUAUCGCUAUCGCGGAGGAGGAAGAUCUACCUGCUGGCGGUGUUCUGUCUCGGCAUCUUUGGAACCAUCGUCAGUGGCCUCCGACUGCGAUCGCUCCUUCAGUUUGCCAAUACGCAGAAUCCCACAUGGGACUACGUGGAUGUUGGGUAUUGGAGUACCAUUGAAGUUCACGUGGGAGUUAUCUGUGCCUGUCUGCCACCCACGCGACCGUUAUUGCGUCGCCUCCUUCCAAGUGUAUUUGGCACCACCCAGCAAGACAUGAGCUAUGCCACUGCUUCUCAGCCGAUUCGAAGCAAAUCCCACUCCGAUACCACGUCACCAACUAGUCCAAAAAGUCCAAGAACGGAUGUUACAGAAUUUAUCCCGCUAGUGGAGAUUGAAUCGUGGCCCAGGACUCGCCACGCCCUAUAG